AUGGCAAGUUGGGAUAAGAAACUUCUUACAGCUGCAAGGCAGGGGAAUAUAAAAGAGGUAGAAUUAUGUGUAAAGAACAGAGCUAACUUGGAAUGUAGAGAUUCUUUUGGAUGGACACCAUUAAUGUUGGCGGCUCUGAGAGGACACCUGGAGGUGGUGACUUACCUGGUCACUCACGGCAGUCAGUUAGAGACUACAGACCUGUUUGGACAAACAGCUUUACAUCAUGCUGCUGAGUAUGGACGGAUUGAUGUAACAAAAUGUUUAAUAGAUCAAGGAUGCAGUCCUUGGGUGAAAACAAAACAGGGUAAGACUCCUUAUGAUCUGGUAAAAAUAGAAAGCUAUGAUGAUGAAGAGAGAAAAAGGAAGAAGAAAGAAGUGAUGGACUUCCUUAAGACUGUCAUGUCAAAGACAUCCCCAGAAGUAACUCCUGACACCCAUUUACAGGAACCUGCAGCACCAGUAGUUGAAGAUUCCAUCGGAAAAGGGCAACAGUCUGCCAUGUUAAAUCGUUUAUUAGGGAAGGGCAGCUAUGAAUCUUUUGAUAUGAGAUGCAUGGUAACUGGCCAAUUUUCUGUUGGGAAGUCGACUCUUGUUAAGCUGUUAGCUGGAGAAAUUAUACCUGAUGGUCGACACCCGACUGAUGGGAUUUCUCUGGUAGAAGGUCGCUGUGGCCUAGAUAUUCUUACAAAAGAGUGGAUUCGUGUUGAUCAAGACUCUUACAAUGCCCUGGAUGUUGUGUACCAUAAGGUUUUAAUGACCUCUCUGGAAGAAGAGGAGGAGAGUGAACUUACCAACAAAGCUUCAGAUACAAGCCCAACUGGUUAUGCCAAAGCUACACUUUCCUCUUUGCCCUCAGAACAGUCUGCAGCAGCACAAUCUCUACCACCUCAGAAAUCCUCCAACGUGUCUCUCACGGUUAAACAGAUGGAAAAGAAAAUGAGAACAAGAAUGACUAAAGAAGAAAUAAGAAAGAAAAUGGAAAAGGUCCUCAAAAGUGGGAAGUAUAAAAUGAAAGUUGGACGUCUUAUCUUCUGGGAUUUUGGUGGACAAUAUGUUUAUCUAACAACACAUCAGACCUUCAUGACGUUCCGGGCAUUAUUUCUUGUAGUAUUUGAUGGGAGCAAAAAUUUGCAUGAACAGGUCCGUGAUGUGAUGUGUUUUCCAGGGCAGCACAUGACGCCAACCCCGGCAGUAUUCUUGCAAUAUUGGGUCAAUUCCAUCCUGACGUAUUGUAAGGUUGUAUAUGCAGGCAUUCCAAAGAUCUUGUUUGUUGCAACUCACAAGGACAAAGUACCAUUGGAGAAUGUUGAGACACGACGUGAAGAGCUUUACAGUGGAAUUGAGGAGUUGUUUAAAGACCACGAGGGAAAACAUCAUCUGGUCCUUAGACCUUUAAUAUUUGUCAAUGCCAAAGAUAAAGCUGACCCAGAAAUAGAGGUUCUGAAGAAAACAAUAACAGAACUAACAUUCGACCAUCCAUGCUGGGGUGAAAGGAUGCCGAAUGCAUGUGUUCCACUGGAGCUUGAGAUCGCUGAAUUGGUUGCAGAAGGGAAACAAAUUAUGUCUUUGGUUGAAGUUAAAGAAUUAAAUGACAUCAGCGAGGUGUCUGUCCUGUCUCCUGAGCAGUUGACCGAUUUUCUACAUUAUCAACAUUCUCUAGGGAAAAUUGUCUAUUUUGACACACCACAGCUAAGAGAUAAUGUUAUCAUCAGUCCGCUUCUUAUGGUGGAAGUUAUGAGAUCUUUUAUUACUGAUGUUGAAUUCUGGCCAAAAGAAGAUAAAACAAGAAAAACCUUCAAAAAGAUGUCUGAAAAUGGAAUGAUACAAAAAUUAGACCUCUACCAGAUUUGGGAGCAAGAAGAAUUUUGUCAGAUUCUACCAUGUAAAGAGUAUAUAUUUGAUAUGCUGAUACACCUUGAUAUCGUAUCUGAACAGCGUAGAUAUGAUACAAAAACAGGAAGUCGGCUACCAAUAGAACACUUCUUUGUACCCUGUAUGCUUACCCAAAGAAAUGAUACAGAUUUCUUGAGACAAGAAUGUACACCAGAGAGGACACUUAGUUUGGCCUUUGUUUUCAAAGGAACCAUCAUACCUCCAGCCUUACCAAAUCGUCUCAUAUGCGCAUGUCUUAGUAUGUGGACAUUGAAGCAAUACCGUGGAAGGAAACUUAUGUUUUCUGGGUUUGUUGGGUUAUCAGUUGAUAAAGAGCAUGAUAUUGUUGUUUGUGUAGAAGGUAACAAGAUCUUACUGUACCUAAUCCAUAAACGCUCCAAGGGCCUGAUAGUACCUGAGAUAGCCACUAGUGUCAGAGAAUGUUUGCAUUUAACAUUGGAGAGGAUUUCAGAAUUUUAUCAGUCCACUGUCCACGAAAAAGUCCGCAGUCAACUACCAUUUCACACUGAGUAUUCCUGCUCAAGAUUUAUCUGUUACUUUCCAGAAAAAAGAUUAGCUUUAAAAACUGAUGAGUGUGUUUGUAAACAUGGUGACGACAUUACACUCAACUGGAAGGUUUGGAACCAGGAACAGAAACAAAAGCAGUGUGAUCUGGAUUGUACAGGUUUGAGUGAAGAUGCAUUAUCUCAGUUUCCUAAUAACAUAGAGUUACUUCGUCUGUCUGCUAAUUGUGAGACACGCAUGAUACAUGAUUUAGCUCUUCAUCUUGAAAUGGAAGAAACAGAAUGGAGUGAUAAGGUAGAGAAUUACCCAAGAAAUACACAAAUGGUCAAGUUUUUAACACUUAUUGAUUUGAGAGAGAACAAUGGAAUACGUUUUAGAGAUUUGGCCAAAGGCUUAACUGAAAUGAAGUUAACAAUGCAUACCUUAUGUAUGAUGCGGAGGAGAAAACAAGUGAUGUCUAAUAUUCCAGACGAUAUCUUAGAUUCAAUUCCUACAGAUGAAAUAUUAGAUAACAUAUCACCACAGAUUGGUAAAAUGGUCUUUCAACUAGGAACAGAACUUGGAUUGUCCAUAGCAGAUUUAGAGAAUAUAGACAAAUGUAAUUGUGACUUGACUGCCCAGAGUAAGGAAGUCUUAUUUACUUGGAGGAGAGACAAAUUAGUACGACCUACAAUACGUGUCCUUGAACAAGCUUUGGUAAAUAGUAGAAAAGGUGCACGGUGUUUAGAGGAGGUUGUAAAGAAUGUUGAUCCGAAAACACUGAGAGCUGUAGAAACAGUAACAGAUAGAAUCAAAGAUAAUGAAGAUAGAAUCAUACAUAACAUACAAACCAGCCAAAUUUUAGACCAUAUGAUGACACAUCUGGUGAUAUCAGCAGACGACAGACUUGAUGUUGAACAUUAUCCUCGACAUGAUGACCAGAACAAAGCAUUGCUGGAUAUUGUGAUUAAAAGGAGAGAACCUGCUUACAGUGUGUUUGUUGAUGGAUUACGUAAUUAUGGAUACGAAGAUAUCGCUAAUGAUUUGGAAUGUGUAACACACGAUAUCAGUCCAAGUCCAACAUUAGUAUCUGCUGAAAAUGAAGGCCUUUCAGUUUGGAAUGUUCCAUUGUAUAAAGUUCGUCUACAAAAGAAUUACGUUAAGGUUAUUACUGAUAUACAACAUGAAAGCAUAGUAGAUCAUCUAAUAUCAAGAGAGGUAGUGUCAGUUGAUGAUGGGAAGAAGAUAGAAUCGGGUAAAACACCACAAGAAAAGAACAGGAAUUUGAUGGACAUGCUUUUGCGUAAAAAUGAACAGGGAUUUAAUGAAUUUCUCAAAGCACUUCGAAAAGACUCAAUUUAUGCAGACCUAGCAGAGCAAAUAGAAAAGACAGAAGUUACAAACACAGAUAUGGCAAUCCUUCAUAAAUGCUUCAAAUAA